AUGCCAUCCGUAUCUAUGAGAACAAUUGACCACAUAGUCAUUCGCGUGCCAGACGGCAGGCUGACUGAAGCUACGGAACAGUUCGAACAACUUGGCUUCCAGGUCAUACCAGGAGGCAAACAUACCGACGGGCUGACGGCCAACGUUCUUGUUAUCUUAUCUGAUCUAUCUUACAUCGAGAUCAUCGCAUUCGAGCACCCGCCCGAGUACUACAAAGAAGGCACCCCUCCGCGCAUCCUUCGCGACUCUCACCAGUGGGCCAAUAAGCCCGCGGGAGGUCUUGUGGCCUACGCCUUCGCAGGCGCACCGUCGGCUGAGCCGGGUCUCGCGCAGAUCAUCAACGGGCGUCUUGAAGAAGCCGGUAGUGAUUAUAGGUAUCAAGACCCGGUCCGGGGUGGACGGACUCGUCCGGAUGGUACGAAGAUGCAGUGGGAGUUGGUGAAGCCUAAGGCUUGGGAGAAGCAGGUCGACGGCAUGGGCAGGCCGUUCUUCUGCGGGGACAUCACAGAAAGGGAGAUACGCGUGCCCACCGACCCGAAGCUUCACGACCACCCGAACAAAACCACGUCCGUAGCCUUCCUUCGUGUUCUUGUGCCGCGCUCUGCCUUCGCCGAGAAGUCCUCUCAACUCGACGCGAUCCUCGGCGUACAGCACAAAGUCGGGCCCAUUUCCGAAUGGCACGAAUGGGAGCUACUGAGCACGGUAGCGGGCAAAGGAAGCGCAGCGCCUCGCCUCAUCCUCACCGUACCGGAUGAAGGGGACCAAAAGGAGCUGGACUUUGUGGAGAGGUAUGGGAUGGGCGUUUGGGGGAUCGGGUUCCUGUAUGAAAAGCAGGCGCAGCAGGCUGAGGUGCAGGGCGUAGAUGCGUUGCCUUUCAUCUCUUGGGUACCCGCAGCGUAG